AUGGAUGACAUUUAUAAAGCAGCGGUUGAGCAGCUGACAGAAGAGCAAAAAAAUGAGUUCAAGGCUGCCUUUGACAUCUUCGUGCUGGGGGCAGAGGAUGGAUGCAUCAGCACCAAGGAGCUGGGGAAGGUGAUGAGGAUGCUGGGGCAGAACCCCACCCCUGAGGAGCUGCAGGAGAUGAUAGAUGAGGUGGAUGAAGAUGGCAGUGGCACUGUGGACUUUGAUGAGUUCCUGGUUAUGAUGGUCCGGUGUAUGAAAGAUGACAGCAAAGGAAAAACCGAAGAGGAACUCUCAGACCUCUUCAGGAUGUUUGAUAAAAACGCUGAUGGCUACAUUGACCUCGAGGAGCUGAAGAUCAUGCUGCAGGCAACAGGAGAGACCAUCACUGAGGACGACAUAGAGGAACUGAUGAAAGAUGGGGAUAAAAACAAUGAUGGCAGGAUUGACUAUGAUGAGUUCCUGGAGUUUAUGAAGGGGGUUGAAUAA